AUGGUCUUUAAGACCAAGCGAGAGCACCAAUGGCCUGGACGAGCCAGACAAACUGCAAAUCAAGAAUUGGAUGACAUGGGCAAGCAUACCUCGUCCCGUUUGCCAAAUAUCACAGAAACGUUAAAUGUUGGAUUAAUUGACACCCCUUCUUCCUUUCUGGCACCUGGCAUACACUAUUGUCCCCAUGGUUCCUAUUUGAGUGGCAAUAACCUGAUAAGCAGACAGAAAAUUAAAACAUGGAAUGAAGAUUUGUUGGAGCUCUCCGUAUUCAUUGACAACGGCGCUGAUAGGUCACACUCACACUACUCAAAGCGUCUCACAGACUUUACCGUUAUCACAAAGUGCUUCUUUCGACGAAUCGGUUUCGAGGGAGAAGAAGAUGUGAUCGCCGCCGGUAAUCCCGACGCUAAGGAGAGGCGAGGAUUUUGUCGUUCGCGUUGA